AGUAAUGGCUUUCAGUUUUCCCUUUCCCGGUCGCGGCCGGUCGUAUGACGGCGCAGCGGUUCACUUUGGGCUCUGUUUACUGACACCUGACGCUUUUCCAGAAUUCCGUCACCCCUGGAAAUGUCACAACAGAGUCCGGUCAAGCUCACCGAUCUUCCGCUCCGACCUACCCCUGGGAAGGAAGGCAAGCCCAUUAAGGUCAGGUGCAACAUCUUUCCAUUAAGGCUGCUUGCAGAGACGGUUGCGUACCAAUAUGAUGUCGUGAUGACCCCUGAGGUUCCCGCUUUGGCCAAACGUGCCUGGCGUGUAGCUCAAGAGACGUUCAGGGACGGCAACAAGAAAUCCUUCAUCGCUUUUGAUGGGAAAAAGAAUGCGUUCAGCACGCAGGAAUUCACAAAUCUCACCGUCACGGUCACCGUCGAUAAAGAUGAGGAGGAAUACUACCCUCCAAUGCCAGAGCAACCUCAGGGUGGUAGCUCAGGGCGUGGAGGCAGAGGUGGAAGCCGAGGUGGCCGCGGAGGAUCGCGUGGAGGGUUCUCGCCCGUCAUGUCUCGGCCUGUGACCGCCGGUCCGCCCGCGAAAGCAAAAGGGCCCGCCGCGGGUGCCGUUAAGCGCCCAUCGCAGACUGAGGAGGUCAAGAUUGUCAUCAAGCAGGUGGCCAAGAUUGAUUUCCAUUCGCUAUUGCUCUUCAUGACCAAGAAAGGACCGGAGGACGAGACUGCUUUACACGCAACCACCGCGUUGAGCACUGUCCUUCGCCACGUUCCUGGCUUGACCUUCGUGACAGCAGGUGCUAACUUCUACAGCCCCGAAGAUCGCACGCACAUUUCAGGAGGCCUGGAAAUCUGGAGGGGAUACCACCAGAGUAUCCGGGUCAUGAUGGCGGGUCAUCUAGGCGUCAACGUCGAUGUGGCUGCCACGGUCUUCCGUCAAGGAGAAGUCUCGCUCCUCGAACUUCUCCAAAAUGCCUUCCGCGCUCGCGAUAUGAACGAUCUCCAAGCCUUGAUCAAAAACAUCGGUCCUGUUGCUCUCCGAUCGAAGCUUACGAGCGAGUUCAAGGGCGCCAAUGUUGUGACCACCCACCGUCCCGACAUGAAACAACGAUUCAACAUCGGAAGCUUCUCUCGCGACUCGGCAGACACUUAUCUGUUUGAGGUUGGGGGCAAGAAGGUCUCUGUCGCACAGUACUUCCAGUCCCAGUACAACAUGAAGUUGCAAUACCCUUUCUUGCCUGUCGCCUUGAAGUCAAACGGCAAAUCGGCGUUCCCCAUUGAGUUCCUGAAGAUGAGCCCUUCACAGAGGUUCAAGAAGAAGUUGAACGGGGAUCAAACAUCUGAUAUGAUUCGUGCCACUGUUCAGCGCCCGUUGGAUCGUGAGAAGAAGAUCGCCAAUGCAGUCAAUGGUACCCUCAAGUACCAGAACAACGAUCUCUUGAAGUCCUUCGGUCUCGUUGUCGACCCCACUCCCAUGACGAUUCCGGCCCGAAUUCUCAACGCGCCGAACGUCGUCUUUGGCGCCAACCAAGCUUUUAAGGGUACAGAAGGAUAUUGGAGGCUCGGCAAGGCCCUCGCGAAGCCCUCGAAAAUCAAUAGUUACGCGUUUGCCUUUUUCACUCGCAUAUCUGAAGGCGAAGCCCGCGACAUCCGGGACCAACUCCUGGACGUCUUCCAACGCACCGGCAUCCAGUUCGGCUCAAUGGAGGACUCGCCGUUGAAGAUCCAGAACCCCGAAGAUUCUCAAAAUGUGCGCCGAUGUCUGGUGCAGUUGGCCACGGAAGCUUCCAAGACGUACAAGUUCCGCUGCCAGAUUAUCUUUUGCAUUGUUCCCAAGGGAAUCAAAAUUGACGGCGGGACACGAGUCUUGUAUGAGGAAAUUAAGAGGAUCACCUUGACCGACAUGGACGUGCUGUCGCAGUGCAUGGACAUUGGCAAAGUGAAUCUCGCUAAACUCAACGCCAAGUACUCUGAGAACGUUGCUUUGAAGGUCAACGUUAAGAUGGGUGGUGCUACAAACUUCGUCGACAAGCUCCCCAUGAUGGACAAACCGACCCUGAUAUGCGGUGCAGACGUCACCCACGCCCACGCCGGCUCAGCGGCCCCUUCUGUGGCUGCCGUUGUCACCUCAACCGAUCGCUCUGCUACAAAGUACCGCACCUUUCUCUCCGCCCAGCCCUCGCGGGUGGAGAUCAUCCAAGACAUGGAGCGCAUCAUGGUCGACGCCAUCGGCGCAUUCGUGGCCGCCCAGGGCACACCGCCUGCCCGAAUCAUCUUUUUCCGUGACGGUGUCUCCAGUGGACAAUUCAAGGAAGUCCGCGAGACGGAGAUCGCCGCUAUCAAGAAAGCUCUGGCGAAACGGAAACUCAACAAUGUGCAGUUGACGUUCAUCAUUGUCCAGAAAAGACAUCACAUCCGUUUGUUCCCGAACGACAACCAUCAGGACAAGUCGGGCAAUUGUUUGCCGGGUACCACCAUUGACACCGUCAUCACCCACCCAACGGAGUUCAACUUCAUCCUACAAUCCCACGCCGGUUUGCAGGGCACCUCACGUCCGACCCUCUACCACGUCAUAUGGGAUGAGAUCCAGAUGGGGUCCGACAACCUGCAGCAGCUUUGCUACAACCUGUGCUUUUUGGCCGAGAGAGCUACCCGGAGUAUCAACAUGGUAGCCCCGGCGUACCGGGCGCAUUUGGCUGCGUACUACGGCCGAAUGUUCCUCGAAGGCGAUUUCGGGUCAGAUGCCGCAUCGGCCCUCAGCGGAACGUCCCAAGAGAUCCCUGUCUCGCUGCGUAAAGUCCAGGCCACCAUGGAUCAACACACCAUGUACUACAUGUGAUCCCAUCCUAGUGAAAACGCAUGCCUCGCCGUUCCAGCGAACCGCAUGCAUCGUAUCGUCCUGCCUGGCCGGCUGAAAGCAUCCGCCGACACUUCGCGGACAAAUUCCGCUUUUUUCGAUAUAUACCUCGAUCGUCCGUUCUCUGGAUACGUACUGCGACUAAUGUUAUGACCUGGUAGUACUGUCGAGCAUUUGCGUUUAUAGUCCCCUUCAUACCUUAGUAUCCUGUCUGUCUUAUCAUUUCGCCGUUCCCUUCGUCUGCUGACUUCCCGUUUUUGUUCGGCUGGGUCGUUUUUGUCUUUCUUGUAUCUUUUACCUUUUUGAACUGCCUAUCGGCUUUCUGUCGUCUCAAUACUACCGUAUUGAAUAUCCAUGAAAUCA